ACCAUUUCCUCACUUUGGUGUUUCACCUUGGGAUCGGAAGGUGAGUUGGGGAUCAUAAAGUCGGCGACCGUGCUCGUCCUCCCGAGGGCUUUCAAACACGCUUUCCCGGUGGCCCCCUUUGCCUGCAAUUGCGGCGUGGGUUUUGACUUUUGUAAACUUCCAAACCACCCAAUCCUUUUUGCGAGGCUGGCGGGGAUGCUGUUCCCCCUUCAUCGACUCACAGGACAGGAAUCCGACAUGCAAUUCUCCACGGCCUUUGGUUCAGACAAGACGCACGAUGGUUUAUGCCGGUGGGUGUCGGAAACGCGUGAUGCUGACCGCCUCAUGUGCGAUAAACCUGUACAGUACAUCUGGGAACGAAGCCCCUUGCGCCGAGACUGGGACUUAGCUGUCACCGUUUCCCGCACCUCACCUUGCCAACUCCUUCUCCCCUCUGGGAAACCUCGCUGCCGGCGAGCAUGCAUCGGCGACGACAAAACCUUACGCCGUCGACCAAAGUCAUUAAACUCCUUCCCACCCCCAUCUUGCCGUGACAACUAAUCCAGUUGAUUAUGACCACUUUUUUUCCCAUUCCGCACCAAUCACAAGCACAAAAGGACCGGGAAACCUCUCCCCUUCCCAAGACUCUUUCACGGUAAACUUCUCCACAGCCUCUCUCCGCGGGGGGCAGGACGUCCUCAAACGACGAAUCUCAAAACCCGUACAAGACGACUGUGCCGGACUUUCCCCCGGUCUCCGCCCACGCAAUGGCCUCAUUCGGUCAAGCCAAUCCCAACGACGCGAACCCGGUCCUUUCGGCAUCCGUCGUCGACGACGCGAGCACGCUGAGCACAACCCAACCGGACCUCGCCGAUUUGGAUCUGACCGAAUCCCCCGGGGAUGACGGCCCGGCGGUCGAGGCGCCCCAGUCGGCCAGGUCGAGGGCGCGGUCGUCCCGGGCGUGCGUCAUGUGCCAGCGGAAGAAGAUCCGGUGCACGGGCGCCCAGCCGUGCGAAAAUUGCCAGCGCCGCCGCUGGUCGUGCCGGUUCGACGCCGAGGGCGACGGGAGGAAGAAGGCCAGCAACCACCGCGUCAUCCAGGAGCUGAACGAGGCCAACGAGCAGCUCAAGCGGCACAGGCAGAUGAUUUCGGGUUUCCUCGCCAUCAUCCGGGCCGGCGAGUCCCAGACCGUCCAGGAGUUCAUCGACGAGGUCCGCAGGACCGAAAAGGUCGGCGACGUGGCGACUUUCAUCCGGGCCAAGAUAGACAGGGACGAGAGGCUCCUCCGGGCCUUUGACCGGGUGGAUUGGAGCCCCGACCCCCAACUAUAAAAUCUACCUUUUCUUGCUAUCUCUCCCCCUUCUGCAUUCAAAGCAGACACUUGGCCCUGGGGAAGUCCUGAUCGUGGACGAUCCGACUGGGAAAAACUCUUGAUGGUGUGGGAUGUGGACAUGUGAAGUAUGAAGAGUGUCAAGGAUGUGCCCCCGCUGGUCCUGAUGGAAAUCGGGGCGACGUAUGGCCGCAAGAGAACACAAAUCAUCGUGCCCUAGCCGUCGGGGUCCCGGAGCCUAGAGGCCGGUCUCAUCCCUCGCUUCCGCCCGCGCCCCCCACCCCAUUUUUUCUAGAGUCAAGUCACGACGGAAGGGAGAUUUUUUUCUUCCUCUUUACCGUCGAGGAACGAUGGUGGAAAAUGCAAAGUAUGGGUCUUUUUACUCCCAACGAAACUGACCGAUGGAAUGAAUCGUGGACGGCAACCUCGGCGGCAAUUUUGCGUCUUCACCCUGAACACUCGACGAACCGUGUCCGGGGCGUGGUUGACCGUUUGUGCCUGUGUGUGAUUCUUUUUGGGGGGGGAGGUUCUAUUUCUUUUUCUUUUUUUCCCCGGAAUUCAUAAAAACACACAAGGUACAGUAACCCAUCCAUCUGCUGUUCCCCUUACCCCCAAGAGAGACGAACAUGUUGCUCAAACCCGCUCGACAAAAAAUAAAAAAGAAAAUGGAGAAAAGAAAUGGAAGUCGAUUCGCGGAUCCAUCCAUUCGUUAGUCACCAAUUUCGGCCUUUUUUCUUAUCGCUCUUCUAUUUUACUCCUCUAUCCCAUUCACAGGCGGGACACUGGUACCGAACGAGGGCUUUGUCUCAAGGUAUGUGCUGUAUCACGGGUUCAGACCUAUGACGGCUCAGUCCGGCUGUUCAAUCUACGAAUAUUGACAAGGUUCCAAAGGAGCUUCCAAGUGAGCCAUUACCAUGGUCAUUCUGUAACAUCCGGUCAGAUCAGACAUCAGCUGGCUACAAAAACACAAAAACAAUAAAUUUAUCAGCCUGCUUCCCUGUUCCAUGUCUUGUACUUUCCCAUUCCGAUGAUGGUGAGAUCAGUUUACCCUCAAGGCCUCAGAGCGUCCCUCCGGCUCUCUCGAUUCUUCCCUUCGCCAGAUCGAGCGGACCCUGUCCCAUAUGCUCUCAACUCCACCAAACACCCUGGCACCCGUAAUAACGGGAACUUCGUGCAUUGGAAGACUACGAUGUAACAUAUAUCUCGACCUUGAGGUGGUUUGCACGAAGUUCCGAGGCUUAGCCCAGUACGAGACAUUGCCUUGAUGAGAACACGGAACAUAUGGAUCAGGACACCAUUGGCGGCCAUCACCAAGUGGCAAGCCCCAGCUCGGCCAACGUAAAAGAGACUUGUUUCGCCGCUGGAGAAGAGCUUCUAAACACCGAAGGUGCACUGCAACGUAGCCUUUGUCACGCUCGAGGUUCAUACAACCGCAGGAAACUUGACCGGAAGCAGCGCUUGGGCGAAUUGCAGUUCCGAGGUCUGAGCAUACGUACACCGAAUCUGCGAGCUGCGGGAAGCUGUUCGAACUCGAUGAUGGGAAGUAUUUGGUCGGUACCUCCGCCAAGAGCGAUCCGCUGCCUGGCUCGGCAAUCAUAUCCAUCAGCUCAGGACUAAGAGCACGCAGGAAGCGUGGCCUUUCUCCUGCGGCGAGAGAUUGAGACAUAUUGCUGCUGAUGUCGACAAGGAUGUUCCGAAGCCGAAUUUGAUCAUGAGGAGUGGAGCCGUGACUGAAGACAAGGAUGUCACCGUGGCCUGACAAUGCUUCUUUGGCAGCAAGGGCACCAUCGUUCGAGGGCUCGGCAAAAGGCACCCGAUCGAUGCUCCCCAUUCCUUCGUCCUUGAAAUGUCGCACAAAGGUAUGGCACAAGUGCAGCAUGAGGCUGAGCUUCGGCACCAACCAGGCUCUCUUCGCAGUGACGUCAAAAAUCAGUGCAACUUGCCGUGAGUUGAUUUGGAGGGCUUUGGCGUACGUGUUUUGAGGCUCGAAUCUCUGGCGCACAUUUUCCAACUGCCAAGUGCGAGUUACUUGCCCGAUUGCUUGCACUGGGCCCAAGUUUCCUCCCAGCUGUCCAGUCAAAUUCCAUCCUGAGGCACGAAGCGACCUGCUUCUCUGGGGAAGUCCAGACCAAGACAAGGUGUUGGGCAUCUGUGCGGUCCCAAGCAAUAUGUCUGCAUCGUCACACCAGCCCAAAUAGCAUUGGCACUGAGGCAAAUCUUGUAGGUUGUUGAGCGGCAGCCGCGGAAUCCUUUUUGUGGAUAGAGUUGCGAGACUUAUUGGUUCGUCCUCGGUGAAUUCCAAGUGCCAUUGUAUACCCGGCGCACGGUCUUGUGUCCCCGGAUGUCGACUGAUAGGGAUCAACGCGGUAAAAAAGCCGACUGCUAUGUAACCGCCGCUUCGUGUGCUCACAGCCUUACCAUCUUGAUGAUCGUUCAGCCAGACAAAGUUCUCUACACCACUGACUUGGAGCAUCAUGUCAAACGAGAUCUCAAGACCUUCUCCCCAGACACGGGAAAGCUGUUGUUCUGCCACGAUGCAAUUUGUAAAAAGGGCCAUCCAGCAUGCGGACUUGUUCUGCUGCACGUCUGUAUUCCAGGGGGAAAGAGGUUGCAAUCGGAAGCCAAGAGCCGAAGCUGUUCUAAUCUGCCUUGCUUGAGACAUGAAUAGAGCAGAGCUUGUCUGAUUCGGGCACGGUCGUAAUGCCCGGCAGAGCCAGGCGAGUGCCUCGAUUGCCAUAUCUUGCAGCUGUAUAUUCAUCCAGGGAUCCCCAAAAUGCACAAUCAGACGAGAAUUAAACCCACACAUCAAGAACCGUCUAUUGAUGCUUGGGCAAACUUGACAGUAAGCAGGUUAGUGUCCCUGGAACAAUCACUCGAGAGAUAGACUCGUUACCUUUGACUUCUCCUAACUGGAGUAACGUGCUUCUGACGGCGUCAAGUACUGCUGUUCCAAGCGGACCCCAAUGUUUCUUCAUGUGACUGCUAGUUGUUGAAGCCUCAUAAACAUUGAGUGAUCCCGACAAGACGAGAGAAUCGCAAAGCGGAUCAGCUUUUAAUGUGUCCGUAGUAUCUUUCGGUAUGAAGCUCAUUGGAUCGUUACCUCUUUGAGAAAGUUGAGGGACCUCCCACUGGAAAAGGGCCCAUCCAUAUCGACCAAUCGGGAAAGGCUCUGGGACCUCGAGAGCUGUCAUCCCUUUCAGAGAGAGGGAGACCGUUUCCAGUUUUUGCCAGAUGGAUGCUCGUGCAUUGUUGAGAUACAUGACGUAGGAAACAUCGAGGGUGUAGCGAUCAUUGAACUCAGCUGCCACAUGUCAACAUAGAUUCCGAACAAGAUCAUGGCAUAGUCAUACAUAUCGCAGCAUCAGCUGUCUCCGCCGUGUCAAAUUGGAUCACAACCCCGCCAGCGUACUGAUAUUCUGCACGUUCGAUCCUGCCAACCGUGCUGAAUAAGGCAAGUAGAUGUUGAAUGCUAGGCACGCGAGGCAUCAAGGGAAGCUGGCUACAGUAAGUAUGAACAAACAAAUCAAGAACUUGGUCAAGACUUACAUUUCCCACGUAAAUUGUUUUGCUUCUCUCACCUCCACCACAUGCGAAAUCAGUGAACGGUUUGGGGCCAG